GUGUGUGUGUGUGUGUGUGUGUGUGUGUGUGUGUGGCUUCAAUCAAAGGGAGGAUUCGGAGUUAGUACUCAGAGACAUGUAAGAUGGCAGAGCUGCAGAUGUUGUUAGAGGAAGAGAUUCCUACUGGGAAAAGAGCUCUUCUGGAGAGUUACCAAAACCUGAUCAGGGUCGCGGACUACUGUGAGAACAACUAUGUCCAGGCACAGGAUAAGAGGAAAGCUCUGGAGGAGACCAAAGCGUACACGACCCAGUCUCUGGCCAGCGUCGCCUACCAGAUCAACGCCUUAGCUAACAAUGUGCUCCAGCUGCUCGACAUCCAGGCCUCACAGCUCCGCCGCAUGGAGUCCUCCAUCAACCACAUCUCACAGACAGUGGACAUCCAUAAGGAGAAGGUGGCCAGGCGAGAGAUCGGCAUCCUGACCACUAACAAGAACACAUCCAGGACGCAUAAGAUCAUCGCUCCACCUAAUGUAGAGAGGCCAGUGAGGUACAUUCGAAAACCGAUAGACUACACCUCGUUGGAUGACGUGGGGCACGGAGUUAAGUGGCUAAAAGCCAAGCAACAUGGAAACAACCAAUCAACCAGAGGAGGAACGCUAUCGAGAACCAACCCGCCGACACAGAAGCCACCCAGUCCGCCCAUGGUAGGGCGUGGCACUCUCGGGCGUAACACUUCAUAUAAAACUCUUGAGCCAGUAAAACCUCCCACAGUGCCUAAUGACUACAUGACCAGUCCCGCUCGCCUCGGGAGCCAGCACAGCCCGGGACGCUCAGCCUUGCUUAACCAGAGACCAAGAACCCACAGUGGCAGCAGUGGGGGUAGUGGCAGUCGUGAGAACAGCGGAGGCAGCAGCAUUGGCAUACCUAUCGCCGUGCCGACUCCCUCCAUCCCUAACUCUGGUCCAGUUCAGCCCAUGUUUGCUCCGCCCCCACCUCCACCUCCAUCUAUGUUUGGGGGUCUAAUGGAUUCAGGGCUCGGUCCAGCCCCCAUCUCUCAGUUUGGCACGAUUUCGCGUCAGAUGUCCCGCCACAACUCUACCACGUCGUCCAUGUCCACGGUUUCAGCCACGGGGACAUACAGACGCGCCCCGUCUCUCUCCUCUCAGCUCCCUCUGCAGCACACUAACGUCAACGGUGCUGCUCCGUCUGCCUUUACACACAACUCAAUGUCUGUUGCUCCCCCGCCUCCCCCAAUGCCUCAGCUUAUUCCACAGAUCCCCCUCACCGGCUUUGUGGCCAGGGUGCAGGAAAACAUCGCCGACACCCCGACUCCGCCCCCUCCACCUCCGCCCGACGACAUGCCCAUGUUCGACGAGGCUCCACCCCCUCCUCCUCCACCUCCCGUGGAUUACGAGGAUGAGGAGGCAGCCGUGGUGCAGUACAAUGACCCCUACGCUGAUGGAGACCCUCAGUGGGCCCCUAAGAUCUACAUGGAGAAAGUGGUGGCCAUCUACGAUUACAGCAAGGACAAAGACGACGAGCUGUCCUUCAUAGAAGGUGCCAUCAUCUACGUCAUCAAGAAGAACGACGACGGCUGGUACGAGGGGGUGUCUAACGGCGUCACCGGCCUCUUCCCCGGCAACUACGUCGAACCCAUCAUGCACUACGCCGACUGACGCGGCUCUAGAAGACACGUACACGCAUGUGUUAGGGGUUAGACAGCGAGUGAGCGAGCGCCGGCUCCUGGGCUCGGAGCGUGUGAUGAUGUGACAAGCGAGAGAGCUCAGAGAGACGGCGUGAUGUGUAAAUACAACGAGCCGGGGGUUUUUAGUAUUUUUACAGUGAAUGUUGAACACAUCUCAAUGCCAAACGAUUUGAACUUUUAAUUCAAUCCAAACUGUUUAUGAUGAAUAUAAAACUAUUAUACAGGAUAAAGUUCUGAAGUCUGUAUUAUCCAGAACAGUAGGUCUAACAUUCUGAUUUAAAUCCUGACACAAAGCAUGCCUGCGAAUUUCAUAUGUAUAAUAAAGACAAGAUUUAUUAUUUUUUUUUGGUCCUGAUACUCGAAGGUAUCAGCGGACGUUUUAUUUUAAUACAGAAACGUUAUACGAUCUUUUUUUUUCCCCCAUCGAUCAUGAUCAUUUUGUGUUUUUUGUUUUUAAUGAAGAUUUCUAUUUUUUUCUUUUAGACAUUUAAAGUUUUUUUUUUCUGUAAUUAUUCUCACCGAUGCACAAAAACAGAUCUGUAGUUUGCUUCCGCUGUAAAAGGUUAAAGUUAUGAAAUGUAUGUUAAUCAGUAUACAAUCCACAUCCGCCGACCGAUUUACGACUCCUGACCUCUCUCUGCAGAUUAAUGAACUAAAUCAGACGGGUCGGGUGGAAAUGGAAAAGCCAUGGAAAUAUUGACAAUAAAUUUUUUUGUAAACGUC